AUGUCUCCAGCGGUCGAGGCGGCCGGAGUAGGCGAGCGGCGGUGGCCCAUAGCGAGCGCCAGGGAGGGCCGGGGCCGGGGUCGGGGCCGCGGCGGGCCAGUGGGAGCGGCGCUGCUCGGCCUGUCGCUUGUCGGCCUCGUGCUGUACCUGGUGCCGGCGGCGGCAGCUCUCGCCUGGCUGGCCGUGGGGGCCACCGCGGCCUGGUGGGGACUGAGCCGCGAGCCCCGGGGUCCGCGCGCCGCCGCCGCCUCCUCCACCUCCUCGGUCGUUCGCGACGCUCGGCGCCAGCGGACACUGCUCGCUUCGCCCCCGGCCAAGUCGGUAGCUAACGGAAAUCUCCUAGAGCCCCGGACCCCCCUCGGACGACCUGACCCCGCCGAACAGCUCCUCAUGGGCAGCUACCUCGGCAAGCCCGGCCCGCCGCAGCCUGCCCCGGCGCAGGACUCCAGGGAGCUGCGGGACAGAACCGGCCGCCGCCUGCCCGCCCGCUCCCCGCCGCCGGCCCCCGCUGCCCGGCGCGUCCAUCAUUUCCACCCCGCGCUGCCCACUCCUCUCCUCCGAUCCCCCAGGAGGCCUUCCCACCGGGAUUGUGGGACAUUAUCCAAUCGGUUUGUCAUAACACCCCGAAGACGCUAUCCGAUCCAGCAGGCCCAAUAUUCCUUGCUGGGGGCACUGCCCACAGUGUGCUGGAAUGGUGGGCACAAGAAAGCAGUGCUGUCUCCUCAGAAUUCUAGGAUGGUGUGCAGCCCCGUGACUGUGAGGAUUGCGCCUCCAGACAGCAAGAAAAUGCAUUCUCCAUUGCCAGACCAGAUGAUCAAUUCAACACUGUCCUCGCCAUCAAAUAAUACCCCUGACCCAUGUGCGAAGGAGACUGUAUUGAAUGCCCUCAAAGAGAGGAAGAAAAGGACUGUGGAGGAAGAAGACCCAGUAUUCCUAGAUGGCCAGGAAAACAAGAGAAGGCGCCAUGAUAGCAGUGGGAGUGGACAUUCGGCAUUUGAACCCCUGGUGGCCAAUGGAGUCCCGGCUGCUUUUGUGCCUAAGCCUGGCUCCCUGAAGAGAGGUCUUAUUUCCCAGAGCUCAGAAGACCACUUGAACAAGCGAUCGCGCACCUCCUCUGUGAGCUCCCUGGCAAGCACAUGCACAGUUGGCAUUCCCAGCUCCAGCCGCAAUGCCAUCACCAGUUCCUACAGCUCUAGCCGAGGCGUCUCACAGCUAUGGAAGAGAAGUGGUCCCACCUCAUCCCCGUUCUCCAGCCCAGCCUCCUCCCGCUCUGAAACACCAGAGAGACCAGCUAAGAAAACAAGAGAGGAGGAGCCAUGCCAUCCUUCCAGUCCUCCAGCAUCCCCGGGGACGGACAAGGAGUCCCAAGGAGAAAAGGUUGUAGAUACGACCAUGAAGAAGCAGCAGAACGCCUGGACCUCCCCCUGCACGCCUGGCAGCUCUGGCCCGCGAAAGCGGAAGAUUCAGCUGCUGCCCUCCAGGCGAGGGGAUCAGCUGACCCUGCCUCCACCCCCCGAGCUGGGUUACUCCAUCACUGCUGAAGACCUCGACCUGGAGAAGAAAGCCUCGCUCCAGUGGUUCAACAAGGUCCUAGAGGACAAGACUGAUGUUGCCUUGAAUUCAGUGGAUGAGACUCCGCCUACCACUCAGCCCUUCACCUUCGCCUUGCCUACUUGCUCACCGCCCCCCCUCCCAGCUUCCAGUGCUGACCCACUGGUGGAGAGCUCAAAGAAGAUGCAGGAGCCCCCUGGUCCAUCCUCGUCAGACCCUGUUGAAGCAGCAGCCCCCUCACCUCCAAAGACACCGAGCCCCACGGCCGUCCUUGUCUCAUCGUCACCAGGGCCCCUGCCAGGCACCUCUUCUUCACACUCCAAACCCACAGCCACCUUCCUGGGGCUGUCCCCUGCGUCUUCCCUGGCAACACUCCCUGACACCAAGUCACCUGCAGCCCCACAAGCUGAACCAACUGCCAACGUCUCAGCGCCCCCUGCCCCUUGCCCCACCCCCAAGCCAAGCAUGCUGUUUGGGAUGCUAACCAGCCCGUCCCCCAGCCUUUCCUCCCCUGCCAUUUCUGCCCCAUCUGUUGCUUCUCCCAUGUUCAAGCCCAUCUUUGACGCUGUACCUAAAACUGAGAGUGGUAGCCCCUUGCCAACUAGCUCCUCGGUGACGGCCGCAGCCACAGCCGCAUCCAGCAGUUCCCUUUCCACCACAGCCAGCACCUCGGCCCUGGCUUUCAACCCCGUCUUUGGUAACCUGGGGUCACUUCCUUCAGUGUCCCUGUCAGCACCCUUCUCCUUGAAGCAGACCACUGCUCCAGCCACCACUGCAGCACCAUCUGGUCCUCUCUUCACUGGCCUGGCCACAGCCACCUCCACAGUGGCAUCCAGCACCACAGCCUUGGCUUCAAAGCCUGCUUUUGGCUUUGGGGUGAACACAACGGCCAGCACCUCCUGCAGCACGGUGACUUCUGCCUCUCAGCCCCUCCCCUUUGGGGGAGCAGCCCCUGUGGGCGCUUCCACCUCCGCCCCAGCUCUGGCCUCCAUCUUCCAGUUUGGCAAGCCCCCGGCUGCCUCGCCGGCCUCCACGGGGAGCAGCACUUCCUUCAGCACUGCUCAGGCAGCCACCGGCAGCACUGCUGGCUUUAGUGGCUUUGGGAGCCCCACCACCGCCGCCGCCAGCAGCCAGCCCACACUGACCUUCAGCAGCAUAGUCCCCCCCACGUUCAACAUUCCCUUUGGCUCCAGCACCAAGCCCACGCUCCCACCCUACCCAGGAGCCAGCCCUCAGCCCGCAUUUGGGUCCACCGAGGUGUCGCAGCAAGGGACCACCAAGCCAGCCCUCACCCCGAGUUUUGGCAGCUCUUUCACUUUUGGUAACUCUGUGGCCGCAGCCCCGUCACCGGCCCCUUCCAGCUUUGGCAGCACUGCACAGUCAGCUUUUGGUGGUCUGAAAGCCUCAGCCUCCACCUUCGGCGCUCCGGCCAGCACACAGCCAGCCUUCGGCAGCACCACAGCCGUGUUCUCCUUCGGAGCAGCCACCACUCAGACCACCAGCAGUGGGACCAGUACCUCUGUGUUUGGCAGCUCAGCUCCCUCCCCAUUCACUUUUGGGGGCUCAGCAGCCCCCGUUGGUAGUGGGGGCUUUGGGCUCAAUGUGGCUACCCCAGGUACCAGCUCUGCCUCUGGAGCUUUCAACUUCGGAGCUGGACAGAGUGGGACUGCAGGCACGGCCACCCCCUUUGGAGGGGGCUUAAGUCAGAAGGCCCUGGGCGCGCCCAGUCAGAGCACACCCUUUGCCUUCACCGUGGCCAACACACCUGAGAGCAAGCCUGUGUUUGGAGGCACAUCCACACCCACCUUUGGGCAGAGCACCUCUACCCCUGGAGUGGGUGCCACGGGCAGCACCCUUUCCUUUGGAGCCUCCUCAACACCCACCCAAGGCUUUGUUGGAGUUGGGCCUUUUGGGUCAGCGGCUCCCUCGUUUUCCAUUGGUGCGGGAUCCAAGACCCCAGCGGCUCGGCAGCGACUGCAGGCCCGAAGGCAGCACACUCGCAAGAAGUAGCCUGCCCCCGCCUGUCCCCACCCCUUGCCCGGAUCUGGACCUCAGCACCUGCUAGCAAGAGCCGCUGCCCCUCCAAGUUCUAUAAAGCAAGCCCAGCCCGGGUCUCCUGUUGCAGCCACCAGAGCAGCCUAGACCUUCUCCCUUCCAGAGGAAGUAGGCACCCUGGAGAGGGCAGGAGGCAAGGCAGAAGCCUGGUACCUUGACUUGAACAGUUGCACCGGUGAGGCUGGAGAACUAAAGAAACACCUGUACAUACUGUCCUCUUGCUCCCCUGGCGCUUGUUUAGUGUAGAACAUAGGUGACCUCCCCCCGCCCUGAGAGCCACCUCUGCUGGAGGGAGAAGUGGUUCUCUUCCGUGGAUUCCUUGAGGGGCUCUAUUUCCCCAUUUCUUGCUGCUCUGGCCCUCACUGAUCCCCUUCAGGAUUUACGGUGAAUCUUGCUUUGCCUUGGAGACUCAGUGGGCGCUGCUCCGCCGCCUCCUACCUAGUCUGUAUGUUUCAUCUCCGGCACUCUGCCAGGCUGGCCUCCAAAAGGUUGGUGGCUCAAGACUGAGCCUGGUAGAGCCAGGGAAGACCCUCGCUCCAGGAGGAGUCCCAGGGUAGGUAGGACGCCCUCUGCUGCUUCUAGCUGCCUCCUCACCUGCCCGCCACUCUGCCUCUCCAGGAUUGUGUGUUCCAAGCCUUGUCCUGUGCUAGUGUCUGAUGCUCGUGUGUGUUGCUCUUUGAAUCGAGUUUGGAGGAAGAAUUGAAUUGUAUGUGUGGCGGCAUGUUGGUAGUGCCGGACUUAAUGUCGAAAGUCUCCUGGGCCUGGCUAAUUGAAUGUGGAAAGUGGCGCCACUUGACGGCCACAGUGCUGACUCCUGAAUUUUCCAUUGGUGUUUUGACUUUAAGGGCUGGCAGCCCAGGGGAUGGGGCCCUGGGGAAGCAACGACCUUACCUCCACUGGUCCUCCCCAUCUACCUUACCUCGUGAGGGGCGCGAGAGCGCACCCAGUGUGUGCUGGGAGACCUAGAUUGACCACACUGUAGUCAUACUGUAGAGUCUAAACAGCAACCAUGCCCUUUCUUUUCCCUCAUGUCCUUUCCUUCCAAAACCUCACCCCAGACCCCAAAGCCUGGCUGCCACGCCUGUCUUCUUUGAAAGUAGUAUGAAUGCGUGUGUCUAAAUUAAAAGAAAAAAAAUAUUUAAACAUUUUUUAACAAAAUAAAUUUAUUUUUGUAUUUAAGCUAAAUUGCCUUUUAAAUUCCUUCAAGCUUGGUUCACUGAGGUGGUAAAGUAUAAAUGCUGUUGUUGACUAGGAAUUAGCUGUAGUUAAGUUAUGCUGUGAACAGGAGCUCGGUGGUGUUCCCAGAGCUCUUCUGAGGAACAGAGCUCCUUCUGGACACAUGUAAAUGUAAUUCUGUUUUAUAAACAACGUGAUGUAGCUUGACCAGUCCCCUUCCCUUCGUGACAGGGGUUGAAUGUUCUGUGGCAGGGACUGCCCCUCCCACCCAAAGAGCUGUAUGAUGGGUCAGGCUGGGCUGUGUGGAACUGGGGAAGGAGUUGGACCUCAAGUCCCAGAUGCCUACUGAGGAAAGGGGUUUGGUGGGAGUCUGGAAACAAAGCCUCUACCUGUACCUCAGGUAAGGGAGAGCCUCCCUUCAAUUUAGUCCAAGCUAGUUACCUCAGCUCCACAGCAGGCCACGGUCCAGGGCCCCUGAAGAGGAGUCCUGGCGCAGCCUCUGCGUGUGUGGGCACGUCCAUCUGUGCUGUCAGUGGACGGGCAGGAGGCUGCAGCUUUCCACUACAGACUUACUUCCUGUUGAGUCUAGCUGGGAUUUUUAGUAUGAGUGUGAGAUUGUUCUUGCUUAUGUCAUUACGAAUAAAAACUGUGAUCUGUCAUAGACCCAA